AUGUCGGCAGAAGAAACAGAAGAAGUUCAAACAUGGCUAAAGCAAAUAUUAAUGAAAGAAGGAGUUGAAUUUGAUGAUCUAAAAACUGUUUUCAAGGAUGGUGUUAACUUAAUAAAGAUGAUUCAUGCAAUAACGGGAGAAACGAUACCAAUCAAAAAAGUAAAUACGCGAAUGUUGCAGUUUCAAAAUCCCAAUCUUGAGGCAGCUUUAAAAUAUCUUGAAGACAAAAAAAUUAUGGGCUUCAAAAAUAGAAUUACGAAAGAGGAAAUAUUUCAAGGAGAAUUGAAGAAGAUUGUUAUCUUUUUGCAUUUAAUUACAAAGGAAUUUCCAUUAAAUUCGGAGAAUGAAAAUUCAAUUUCAAAUAACGAACCUAAAGCAGAAGAAGCACAUACCAAUUCUGUAGAUGAAGAAGAGGCAAGAAAGAAAGCUGAAGAAGAAGCAAGACUUAAAGCUGAAGAAGAAGCAAGACUCAAAGCUGAAGAAGAAGCUAGGAAGAAGGCUGAAGAAGAAGCAAGACUCAAAGCUGAAGAAGAAGCAAGACUUAAAGCUGAAGAAGAAGCUAGGAAGAAGGCUGAAGAAGAAGCAAGACUUAAAGCAGAAGAAGAAGCAAUAAAGAAAGCCGAAGAAGAAGAAAGAAAGAAAGCUGAAGAAGAAGCAAGACUUAAAGCUGAAGAAGAAGCAAGACUUAAAGCCGAAGAAGAAGCUAGGAAGAAGGCUGAAGAAGAAGCAAGACUUAAAGCUGAAGAAGAAGCAAGACUUAAAGCUGAAGAAGAAGCAAGACUUAAAGCUGAAGAAGAAGCUAGGAAGAAGGCUGAAGAAGAAGCAAGACUUAAAGCUGAAGAAGAAGCUAGGAAGAAAGCAGAAGAAGCAAUAAAGAAAGCCGAAGAAGAAGAAAGAAAGAAAGCUGAAGAAGAAGCAAGAAAGAAGGCUGAAGAAGAAGCAAGAAAGAAAGCUGAAAAAGAAGCCAGAAAGAAGAAAGCUGAAGAAGAAGCUAAAAAGAAGAAAGCUGAAGAAGAGAGAAUCAAGGCAGAACAAGAAAGAAAGAAACUUGAAAAUUCCAAAGAGUCCGAAGAAAAACAAGCCGAAAAUAACACACAAACAACAGAACAAGUUAAUACUCCUCCAACCAGUCUUAAAGAUGAAACUGUCAAAGGAGCCGAGCACUCAUCACAUGUAUCGACAGAAAAGAGAGAAAUUGGUGAAUUACCUGCAGUUUGUGUCGAUAACGGAAAUAGACAAAUCAAACAGGUCUUUCCAACUCAAUGCUUCCUCAAAUUGCUGUCACAUCAUGCAUUGCAAAACCACGUAAUGCUUUUGGAUUCCUCAAAGCGUUCGCAAGAAUUUCUGAUGUCCUUGUUGGAGAAAGAGCUUUCAAUGCAGGAAAUGAUUUCGAUAUCUUAA